AUGCUUGCCGCCUCCGCAAUCGUUCGUCGACACUCCUCGAACCGCGGAAAAAGAAAAACCAUGAAGAAAAGCUCGCUGCGAUUCCUCAUGAAAUGGCCGUUUUUCCGUCGUAAAGGUUUUUUAUGAGCACUCGAAGUUCCGAGGAAAAUUAUUGGAAAUUCCACAUGGAGAGUCGAAAUUUUGAGGUCAAUACGGACUUCAGAGCACUGUUUUUAUUAAAGUUCAAUUUUUUUUUCUACUUUAAAAAUUUAAUGAAGUUUUUUAUUAUCUAUCCUUGAUAUCAAAAUUGUGCUUUUCAAAUCCGCAAUUACAGAAAAUAGUCAAAAAAAACUAACUUUUUGAUCAGGUCCUCAAAAAAGGUAGUUAAAAAAGAAAAAUAGUUGAAAUUUUGAGCUUUUUUGGCAGCUUUGGCAAAUUUUUAGUCUAAAAAAUAAUAAUUUCUACUUUUUCCGCUCUAGUGACUGUAAUAAUGGCGUUAAUAUAGCGAAAAAGUUCCAAGUCAUAAAGAGAUGAAAAUCCUUGAAACGUGGAUUUUUGGUGGAUUUGGCGGUCAAACUUGAUAUUCUUAUCCUCCUUUUCUUGUUAUGAGCUUUAGUUAUAGUUUCAAUGGGGAGUAGAUAUCGAAAUGAAGAUGAAAAGAGCAAAAAAAAAACUGGAGAAAAUUCAAGAUUUUUGGCGACUUUUGCGACUUUGAAAAUCGAAUUCCCUCUUUUUUCUUUACAAGAGUAGUAAGCAUAGCUUCCUUCAUUAUGUUUAAUGUUUAAAAGAUGAAAAAAACCUAAGAAAGUCGUUGGAAAUCGAAGAUUUUUGGUGACUUUGGAGUCUUCAGAAAUUCAAGAACUGUAAUUACAGUUCAAUCAAAACUUCACGUCGAAAAUAAAGUUCAAAAGAACAAAAACCAGUAGAAAAUCGUUGAGAUCUCUAGAGAUUUGCCGUUUUUGAAAGCCUUGAGACUCCAUAUCUUGUGAGGAUAUCUUGAUAACUGCCCAGGGGGACUUGGCCAAAGAUUCCGAAAUGAAGAAUCGCUUUUUUUCCUCCAAAAAGUUUUUUCUUCCUUUUGUUGACUCGACUCUUUGCACUUUUGUGGCUUUUUGGGGUUUUUGGGGAUUUAAACUAUAAAAAGGGUUUUUAAAAAAAGCUUUGCUUUCAUUUUUUUACAAAUUACUGAUUUUUUUGGUGACUUCAAAUUUUUCAGCAGGAAAGAAUUUUUAGAUGGUAUAGGAAAAAAAAUAAAAAAAGUAAAAAUUAAAUCAUGAACUUUAUAAAUAUUAUUAAAUAAUGCAGGAAUUUUUUUAUUUAAAAAAAAUAUUUUUUUGUUGCUUUUUUUAAGUUUCCUUUUUUUCAACUAGAAAAAAAUAGAUCCGCAGUUUGAAAAAAACGAACAUUUUUGAAUCAAGUUUUUCCUUGAAAAAAAAUCAGAAAAAGUUUUUUUGGGUUUUUUUGAACCUUGAAUUACUGACUUCUGUGUUUCAAGAAUGAUUUUUAAAACGCGAAAAGUUCUGUAUUUUUUUCGAUGCUAAUUAAUAAUUCUUUUGCCGGGCUUUUUUUGUUCAAUAAUCUAGAUGGGUUUGCAUAGAAAGAAUGAACAAGAAAAAAACUUUUUAUAAGUUGAAAUUUUUUUCUCAUUUUUUUCCAUUAGAAGUUUUAUUUUUUUCCUUUCAGUAGUAUUUUUUUACAGCUCUGUUUAUAGUUUGGAAGCUUACUCUAUGGCGAAUUUUUUUAAAAAUAAUCCCUAAGCCACUCUUCACUCGUUGUCUACAAAUAACAAGCUUCAUCUUCUUCACAAUCUUCUCCUGUUUUUAGCUUGCUUUGUAAAGAGUUUUUUUCUGGAAAAAGUGUUAUAAAUAGAGAAAUAACUUUUUGUCACGUGUUUACUACAUUAUUUGGGGAAAAAAUGAUCUUUGUUCGAGGAUUGAAGAUUUUUUUCAGAGAGAAUAACAUUUAUACUAGGUAAGGAGAAACUGAUUUUAUACAGGAACGUAGGAAUAGUUUCGAAAAAAAAUAUAAGUUCGCAUUUGGAGAAAAAAAUUAUUUUUUUCAACAGGAAAAAAAUCAAAAAUUUAUUAGUCCCUCUAAUAAUUUUUAGGCUCCAUAUCAUUCCCAUUUCUCAGUCUAGAGAUCGAAAAUUUCUCAUUUUUCCAAAAAAAAAAACUGUCACUCUUUUACUUCAUUUCCGUGUUUUUCAUGUCUGGACGGACAGCUGUACUUUUCUUUUUCCUCCUUUUUUUCCGACCCAAAAUCACCUGCUUUUCCCAGCGUAAUUAAUCAUAGCCUUUUUUUCAAAUAAAUUCAAAUUGCUUAAGGAAGUGAAGUCGCAUGGGAGAAAGAAAUUGGGAUUUCGACGAAUUGGAACAUUUUUCUCUUGGAAAUAGACUCAUGUUUUUUUCUUUUGAUUAAUUGGACAAUUAUGAAAUGAAAAAGUAAUAGUGCAAAAAAAAUUAACAGGAGCGGGUUGGAAAAAAAGAUUUGAGCUUGAAAAAUUUUUUGCUCAAUUAUUGGCUCAUUAAUUAAUUAUUUCUGAAUUAAUCUCACUUUUUUUAAGAGUUAGAGUUUCCAUCUAAUGAUUGACUAACGUGACGAGAGUUGAUUUUUUUGUUUUUUUGAACUUCUAAAGUCGAAUUAGAUUUUUUUCUUUCUAUAAAGCAAAUGGCUACUGUAAUAAGCGCACCUGCGCAUUUAACUUUCCAUUUUUUUCGAUAAUUUUUCCAUCCUAAUGAUAGGCUAAUAUUAGCCUGAACUUUCAAAUUCAACUUACAAGUUUUUGAAAUUCAUUUCAGCGUUUUAUGGAGUAUAACUUUUUCCAGAUCUCGAUGAGCUUGAACUUGGGAAUUUUUAAGCUACCGUAACCCACCUGCGAGUCUAACUUUAAAAGUUUUUCAAUUUCAAAAUAACUCAACCAUAUCUCAUAAUAAAACAUUGAUGCAAAAAUUAUUAUAAUUGUAUGGUUUCCGAUUUUCAAGUGAACCGAUUCCUAUUCAGCUUCUCUGAAAAACUCCAGAAGAAUAGAGAAGAAUAGCGUUCCCUGCCGAAUAAUUGUCCGAAUCGGAAAUCGGCCAAUUUGCGGUUUUCCUUUCAUUCAUCCAGAAAUGAAGAGUGGCCCCUUGAAAAGCCGUCUGAGAGGCGCCGCAGAAAAUCUCCCAAUUGUUCGCUUUUUAAAGGCUCGGACUCGAGAUUGCACUGGUUUUGAUGGAUUUUUGAGAGAAUAAAAAAACUUUUUCGAGAGUUUUACUCCUGAAAUGUGAAUGUGGAACUUUUUAUUAUUUUUUUUAAUGGUUUCAAAAAAUUAGUUUUUCACUUUUUUUGGCCCAUACAUUGUUAUUAUUGUGCUGAAAUGUGGCAUUACAAAAACUAAUUUUUAAUUGCUUAAUUGGUUUUUUUGCAACUAACUUAUGGUUUAUAUAAAGAAAAUUUGGGAAAAAAACAAAAAUUCAUAAAAUGGAUCAUCUAGAUUUUUUUCCACUAAAUAAGGCUUUUUCUCGAGUUUCCAAUUUUAUGGAUGAAAUCGAAGUUUUUUUUCUGAGAAAAUCUGAAGCUCAUGAAAUCCAAAACUUUUCAUUUCGUUCAAUUUCUAUUCAAAAACUGCUUUUUCCACUAACUUUAUACCCUCUAAUUUUAAAAAUUUUCAAAAUUGAGACCUGAAUAUUUUGAAUAGUGGAGCAAAGUCGACUACUGAAGCUCUAAACAGCAGACGAGGAUACCAACUUUUUUUCAAAUUUAUCAGCUAAAAUCGGCUUUUUCUUUUUUUUGUCAUAAGACUGGUGAAGCUGAAAUGGAUACGAUAAUCUUUCUUUCCAUUUUUUUUUUUUGGAAAAUUCUAACUUCCUUGUAUCCUUCCCAUGCAAACUAUAAAAUUUCAAAUUCGGAAUUCAAACAAAAAGCGGAAAUGACUAAUCAUCUAUCUCUUCCAACACGUGAAAAUACAAAUCGAGGGUGAUUUUUCCCUCUGAAAAAGGAGAAAUUUUUCCAUGAAUGGAGAAAACUCUUGCGUCUUUGUAUUUAAGAUGAGAACCUGAUCCGGAUGAAUGGAGAAGAAAAAAAAGUAGGAAGUCGGGCAACUGAGUCAUUGGCAAGAUCUAUGUAAGAAAUUCAAAAAAGGCAACUUCUGAGUGUCAUCUUUGAAUGAAUUUGAAUAAUAUUGGAAAAGUGAGUUUUAGACAAGUUUUCGGAAUUUUAAAAGGAGAAGCCUCACUUUAAAACAAAAAAAUAAAAUAAAAUAAGGAGGACUCUAGAGGGGAACCUUCAAGUGUUCCUCUUGCCCCUUUAGGGACCAAUUUGGGGCUCCCAAGUUAUUAAAGUUAUAUUUGUGCUUUAUGCGCCUUCUGCCAACUUUUGAAUAAAACAUGAGUUGAAAAAGUUGCAUUUUUUAUUAAAGAUUUUCAAAAUAGGUAUCUCGUCAGAAACCACUUUUCAAGCCACUCUAUGCGCCUUUAACUCUUGAACUUCCGCUAGCUGACAAAGUUACAUUUUUUGAUGAUAAUCCCAUCAAUCUGCAAAAAAUGAAGCCCUUUUUUGCUAUAAACUUAGGUUCUCAUCACAUUCUCUUUCCCACGAUAAGCUUAAGCUUUUUAUUAAGUUUUUUUGUAGCCUCAUAGCAAACAACUAUGACAAAGCACUGAGGAAAUAGAGAAAUUUUAUUUAAAAGCUCAAAGUUUAAGCUAGAUUUGUGACGCUUUGAAAUGAAUAAUAUUUCCUUUUUUUCCGAGAAUAUAUCCCUGGUGACGCUCCAGUGAUAAGUAGUAAAGCUCGGUUUUUCUGGUGACGAAAUCGAGAAAUUGGUGUUUUCGCGUGAUUUGAUUAGUUUGUUGGUUUGUGACGGCUCUGGGAAUAAUGUAAUUUGUGCUCUGGCGUCGGAAGGGUCACGAGAUCAAUCCCGCUUCAGGAAAAAAUUUCAAAAAAAGAAAUUUUUACUUCGUAGUUCAAUUUAUCGAUUUAUUUCGAUUUGGUGGAUUUUCAGUACUCCAGGAGUCGAAAAAUGAAGCCUUUUGCAACUUUUUUGAUUUUUCUACUAUUUAAUUUGAUUUGUAUGAUCUUUCACAAUAAUUUCUUCUUCUCAAGCUUUCCUAGUUGGAGCAAAAAAUAUUGGACAAGCUAAUUUUGUUUCACCUCCUCAGUUGGAAGCAGAGCAAAAAUAACGGCUUGUCAGAAAUUCCAAAACCUAGCCAGAACAUUAUACGUUUCAAAAUGAUUUUUUAAAAAGUUUAAAACAUUUUGCGAUAUUCUAUUGUUCUUUUCGCAGUUGUAAUUGCCUAAUCAUGGAAAAUUGAAAGGUUCCCGUCGAUUUUUAUCCAUUCUUCAGCUAAAAUUUAGACUGAGCUCUCGAGCUUUUGUGUCUUCCUUGAGAAAUACGGCUUCACGAUGUUAAUCGAGAAUGCUUCGAAUUUUAUUGGGUUCAAAGUCAUCAGAUCAUUUCUAUAUUGAUCUGCUUAAUUGGUGAAGUUUCUUUGAGCUUUAUUAGGUUCAAAAGAUUUUCUCAAAAUCAAUCUUGUCAGUAUUGUAAUCGAUAUUCACCCCUCUCAAACCCUCAUAGUUGAAACUAACAAUAAAUGAUGAAUUGAUGAUUUUUUUUUGUCCUCGUCAAGUGGGAGCAGAGCGAUUUUUUUUUUCAAGCUUUCUUGUGUUUCUCGGGUAUCGCGGUUUCGAUAUUCGAAAUUUUAGCUUAAAUUUGAGAGUACAUAAUUCAAAAGUUAUCUCAUAACAAUUUUGAUAGAUCCAUUCAUUCAAUGAAAUUCUCUUAGCUUCCUGGGAAAAUUUUUUGUGGCCACUAUAGAAGUUCUCUAUUUAGUGGCCACUUCAGUAGUUUUUUAUCCAGUAUGCCUUACAGUAACUCUGAUAAUAAAACAAACAGAUGGGAACAGUUAUGUCGAUUCAUUGACCCCUAAAGUGGCCACUAAAAUUUUUAGUGGUCUAGUAGUAGUACUUAGGCCUCUUAAGUGGCCAUUAGUUUUAAUACUAUAGUGGCCACUAAAAAUUUUCCCAUUCAAAGAAAUAAAAAAAUCAUCUUAUCAAUAUUCUGAUUGACCUGCUCAAUCGAUGAAGCUUCUUUGAGCCUUAAUAGUUUUUAAAAAGUCAUCUCAUCAGCUUGCUAAUUAAUUAAUCUCGCCCAAUAAUUCCUGCCCUCUCAAACUCCCAUAGUUGAAGCUGACGGAAACGACCGUGAGCCGUUUUCAAGGCCAGAAGCCACGCCCACAUUUGAGCGGUCCUUCUCGCCCCAUUGCUGCCCUCGCCUCGCUGCAUUUCUGUUCCAUUCUCUUCAGCUUCAAUUCAUCUCAUUUUUCUCUUUUUCGACGCUCUGACACCUUCUCAACUCCAGUUUCAUUCUUCUAUACAAUUCUGUUGAUAUGAGGUCACCGCGGAAGAUUUUCAAGCAACUUUCCCUGCCACGAGGUCUUUUUUCCAUCUUGAAAUGAAGUUGGGCUCCAUUUUUUAGUGUUAUUGCUUUUUUGAGAGCACAAACUAGGCCAUUAGCUCAGUUAGAGCCGCAGAAUGGUUUUAAAAUGGGCCAAAAAAAAGCAUUUUAGAUUGAGGAUCUUAUUAGAGGCGCAGAGGUCACACAGAAAAAUAGUCUUCGCUUUCGAUCAGGGCUAUAGUCAUUCAAAUUUUUUUUAAUUUUUCAGAAUUUGAAAGAUCGUAGGAUCAAGUUUGAAGUGAUUCUGUGAUGCUCCCGGAAACUGUCGUAUUUCUGAAAGUACUUUCAUCUUUUUUAAAGGCGCAGACAUUAGGAACAAUAAUAAUUCCGAUAAGAAUCAAAAAAUUGAAGCUUGAUUGGGAUGAAAAUGAUCUUGAUGCGAUUCGAAAUUUUUAUCCUAUGUUCCUUUAAGUUUAUGAGAAAGUUUCAAAGAUUGCACCUGCGCCUUUAAAUCGGAAUUUUUCUCUCGUUCGAAGAAAGUUUAGAUUGGAAUUGUCUAGCCGAGAUCGGAAUUUCGAGAAACUUCGAAGAAAACCGUAUAAAUUUUUUGAUGAUUCCGUUUUUUGCUCUUUCGACCACAAUGAUCCAAUCAACGCAAAGGCGUUCGUCAAUCUAAUUCCAGUUCAAAACAACUUUUUCUCGUUUUUUUCGGUUCGAAAAGUAUCCAAGGCAAUUAACUGCAGAACGAUUCGAUUCGUGUGACCCCUGAGUAAUUGUUUCUUGAAAGGAAAUUGAAUGGGUGGAAAAAAAAAGAGAGAUCUGCACUUGCCUAGCCACUGAGAGAGAAAAAAAGAGGCCUAUUAUGAGUGAUGACGAUGAAGUAAGAAUGAUUGUCAGGAGGGGAAAAAAACAACUGCGAACGGAGGAAAAUGGGUUAUUUUUGCAGGAGAACGACGGCGAAGAUCGGCGGAAAACACGCCGACAAGCGUUCCGCCCGGCUCGGCGUCGCCCCGACUUAGGUACACCCUUCUUCUUGUUUUUUUUUUUCUUUUUGCUGGGACGCACACUGUUAAAUUAGUGGGACCAUUCGUAGUGGCCACUUUAGGGUUUCGGGGUGUUAAUGACCACUAAAACGUAAAAUAGUGGCUUCUGUAGAGGUGGUUUUAGUUGCCUCUCAAGUUGGUCCUUGAGGAACCUCUUAAGUGGUCACUAGAGUUUUUUGCGGUGUAUCUUAAAACGAGAAUAUUGCGCAGGUGAAGGCUUCAUCCAGACGUUUCAGCACUAUUUAAAAAAAAUUCCAGACAAAUCCAAACCGCAAGCUAAAAUAACCUUGCUAGUGGGAAAAGAGAAUUUUUGAGCUUUGAGGGUCAAAUUUGAGUAUGUAAGCUUUGAAAAUAAGUUCAAUAAGUUCAAAAAGAGUUCUUUCAGAUAAUAAAUACUAAAGAACGCUUUUUUGAUCAUAACUUAGUUAUAAAACUAAAUAUUCCUUCUGAAUUUGUGAUGGAUGAUAUUCGAAACUAACUAAAGAAGAUCCAGCUCCCAGAAAGUUUAAGAAAGUUCGAACUUCAUAAAAAGAUAUGUUCAAAAAGUGUGUCUUUACUGACGAAUCAACUUUCGAAACAAUUGUAGGCUUGAAGGAAAUAUUAAGCUUGAUUUUCCAUUCGAAUUCCGGUUUUACAGUGGUUAAGUGCGUUUUGAAGGGUUUUAGGGUUCAAAAAAUGAAGGUAUAAAGUUAAGAAAAGAAUAUUACUAUAGUAAUGAUUUCAAUUUAUUUUUCCAUCGAUACAAGUCAUUUUUCUACUCAAAAUUUGGACCGAAAAUAGCUCUUGAAGAGUAUUUCCUUUUUUUUUCUUCUUCCGCCUAAAUUUGAAUUUUGUUUGCUUCAUCGGCUUGAAGACGAUGAACGUGAAUUUGAAAGAAGAAAAAAAAACGGCUGCGAAUUAUGCAGUGGAUUCUGGCCAGACGGCAAACAAACCGGAAAUCACAUUGAAUUCGUCGGAAAUUUGGCUUAUAAAGUAUAGAGAAAAUUCUUUUUUUAUAGCUCAGGAAAAUAUAUAAAUAUAAUAUAACUUUUUAACCUCGAAGCGUUUUUGUGGACAGACGGGAUUAUGACGGCUCUGACGUCGACUUGAAGGGCUUCUGACCUUUUGAAUAGUUCUGGGAAUAGUCCUUUUAUAUAUUUAAGCGCAUGGGAAACCGAUUUUUGUCAGGUUUCAGCUUUGGGCAGAUAUGGAUUUUGAAAAUUUAGAAAUAUUUAUGAAAAAUGGAUUCAAGAAACAUUUCCAAAGGUUUUCCAGUUCUAUAGCAAAUAAUUUGUUAUUUUUUUCAACUUUAAAUUUCGAUAUUAUUUUUUUCCCAAUGAUCCCUUUUUUUCAAUGAGACUUCAAGAAAAAGGAAGCUUGAAAAAACUCAGAAAUGGCCGAAAUUUGAGAAAAAUGUAAGGGUGCAAGUGCGCUCCAUUGCAAAAAUGAUUGAAAAGUUGUAAAAAAAUUUUUUUCAAAAAAUUUGUGUUUGUGAAGCUUCUUUUCUCAAAUAUUUUUAAAGUGUCUAGCUUUUUUUCUCUUCAUUUCUUUAAAAAAUUAAAGUAACUUUCGGCCCAAAUCCCAAAUCGUUCUUUGAAUCGAUGUGGAAUUUUCCCUUCUAAAAGUUGUUCCCAAGCCGUAUUAUCGCUAUAAUCUCUUCAUCGAGCGUUUUUUUUUCGCCAUAAUCUGGACUGAAGUUUGGUUGAAAUCUUAGCUUCUCCAAUCUCUGUACUUUUUUCGCAGAGAAACUUGAAGUGUUUGCUCUGAAAAGAAGAAAAAUUGCGAAUUUUGAGGAUGUCACAUGAUUCAAACGGAAAAAUAGGUUGAAAACAGAAAAACUUGUUCGCGUUUGGAAUGGAUCGAAGCGUUGCGGUCGCGCUGCGGUCCGAGUUAAGGAAUCGUGGAAGUUUGAGUUUUCGAACGGAUUUUUCUGCUUUUUCCUAGCUUUUGUCGGACUUUCGAUCUAGAAAAAGCGAUCCCAUAAGGAAAGUAAUAUUUUAGCUUUAUCCCAAAUUUUUUCCAAAAAACUCCAAUUUUCGGAGAAGCUCGACGUUCUCAAAACUCCCCAGGCUAAUUGAGUCAUCAAAACCCGUCUCCUUUUUCCAGGAAAUAUGACGUUUCUUCUCGUUUUGAGUGUCUGAGAAAUCCGAUUGACUUGUCUCUUUUUUUUAUUGAACCCCACUUACUUCCUUAUUUGGACCCCUUGCAAUUUUAAUUUGUUGCUUGCCUUUUUGAAUGAAAAGGUGGAGAAAAAAAUACUGAAAAACAGGAAAAGUAUUUAUUCUUUUUUUUCACUUUGUGCUUUAGUCCGUUAACGGUGUAAUUGGAUUCUCAAAAGUCUAUGCACCAUGACGAAUUCCGGGCAGGUGUUUUCUGGAUUACGGUAGAUUAGCACUCGUCAAGCUUCACCUGUUUUAUUAGGAAAAUUGAAGAGAAACGGGAAAAAAAGUGUUGUUAAGUUUAAAGGGAAAAGGUGAUGUUUGGGGCAAAAACCUUCGAAAAAAUCAAAGUCUAUGCGGAUUUCAUUUUUUGUCUUCAAAUUUGUGAAGAAUCGCAAGAAAAGAAGUCAUCCUCACGAGGAAGUCUUCCUUUUUUCAUCCCAGAAGAUGUGUCCAUUCUUUUUAUUAUUAAUAAGGCGUAUCUUUGGAAUACGGACGUUUCACGCGCCUGUUACUGAAUAUUUCAUAAGUCAUCAAAGGGAAAUCUUUUUUGAAUGCGCAAAAAAAAGUACGUGACGUCUUCAACUUGUCUGUCACCAGCAUGGGAAUUCAAUACGCCAGAGAUGCGGCUUUAGUUUCAUUUUUUUUUUCCACAAUAGAUCUCCUCCUUUUGAGGAAUUCGGAGCAAUUGAAAUUGAGAAACGUGGGUUGGAAACCUUCCACUUGAUUUCGUUUCCUCCCGGAGAGAAACGUCUUGGAUUUCCAAGUAAAGAUCUUGUUACUUUGGAGAAAAAUUACGAAGAGUUAUUUACCAGUUCCGGGUGCUUAGAAUGGAUUGUGUGACGUUUCGAGAGAAGGAGAAAAAAAUCUGGAGAGAAAACGGCUUUUUUGGUCAUCUUUUUCGGUGGGAAACGCUUUUUGAAGGAAGAAUGAACUGGAUUUUGAGCAUUUUUUUUUUUGAGAGAUUCGGUUUUUUCAAAGAAAUGGAUUUUCAGCAACAAGUUAUCCGAUUUAAAAAAUACGGUUGUUGAGAAAAUUUUCUUUUCUCAUCCAUUUUUAAAAAACAUAUUUUUACCUGUUGCGGUUUUUUUCAGACUGCCCUUUUUUUCGUACCUCAAUUAGCGAUUUGAACACAGAAAAAAAUUUUUGAAAGUUAAAGAUUCUAAAAAAUUGGAAAAAAAUUUGAGCAUGUGCGCUCCAUUGACAAAUUACGGAAAAGACGGUUUUUCUUCUUUUUUCUCCAGGGAUUCUCAAAUUCGUUAGUUGAAAAUUCCUACUUUUUAGGUCAAUAUUAUUUAACUUUGGGAUCAUUUAACAAAAAGGCCCGCUUACCACUGAAGAUAAGGUUUAUACUCAGUCUUUAGUCCGAAAAAACUUUUUUCCAGACUAAAAUUUAAGAAAAUGUCUUUUCCACAGCUCCUCUUGUCCCAUAGAACUUUUCUAUACGAAUCUCUCGCAUAUGAUCAUACUUUUGACGGCUGAAUAACGGUCUAACUACAUGCUUUUGUGUCGAAAUAAAUCGGAUUUGAUGGGCUCAGCAGCCGGGGAAAAAGGCAGAAAAUGCCCCGCGCGAGAUGAUUCGUUUAAGUCGCAGCGGACGUCAUGGCUUUUGCCCCCGUCCGUGAGAACCAAAUGUUGUUUUUCUUGUUUCGUAUAAGGGAUUUUUUUUUUUGCUUUUUUUCCUGUUUUGCAUUCAAAUUUUCGUAGCUCUUGGGAAUUUUCCGGUUUGCCUCCAAAAAUUAUUUAUAAGCUUUUGAAUACGCCAUCUUUUCAUUGUUUUUGAUGGGAGCAAGAGAGAGAGAAUCUCUGCAAAAAAAUGGGAUGGAAAUCUCAAAAAACAGAAGAAUCAUUCAUUUUUUCUAAGUGUGAAUCACAAGGCGAACUACGUUGUCUCGAUGAAAGGAAGUCUGAAUGGAAUAUUCACGAGGCCUCCCACCGCCAUCUAUUCAAAUUAUUCUUUGAACCGUCUUUCCGCAUUUUUUCCCUCUCGCUCUCUGCAGAAGUUUUUUCCGCAAAGUUGGAGAAAUUUGAGCCGGGACUGGAGUUUUUUGAGGAGUUUCGAGCGGAUUGCUUAAAAGAAUUUCCUAAGUGUCUGAGCACCAGCUGUUCAUAUGAAAUACAGGGAAAAACAUACAAACUGAAAAAAUCAGAAAAAAAAAAUUGGAAGAAAGAGACCGCAACGCACACGCGACGCGUGAGCCAUUCACAAGUGAUAUGGGACAUUUUUUUAAUCUGAAACGAAAAAUGCACGAAAUAGAACCAAAAUAUCCAAAAAUAAUAAUAAUAAAAAGGCGAAGAAGUAUUUUCGAAGCCGCAACGCGCACGCGACGCGUGAGCCAUUCCAAGCGAUAUGAGUCAAUUUUUUUAAAAAUUGAUCGAGUCUAAAUGAUCAGUAUGAAGAGAAAACUUGGUUUGAAAACAAAAAUAAAAAAAAUAAGGUUUUUUAAAAGGCAAGGUACUUUUCUGAACCGCAACGCGCACGCGACGCGUCAGUAAAACUACAAAAUAGCUCUGCUAUUUCAAAAUUUUCCAUAGAAUGUUGCAUCCAGAAGUUACUUUAUCAGAAUUUUUAAAAAGAUAGUCUAGUUAAUUUUUUUUUCUUCAAGUGAUGCCCAUUCGUCAAAAAAAAAAAGCUGGAAUUAAAUUUGGUAAUUUCAGCCCGAACGAAUGGCAAUUUGCAUUCGACCACGUCAUUUGUGAUCCUGAUGGACGGGCGCAAUUCACAAAGUUCCUGCAGUCGGAAUACUCCGAGGAGAAUAUUUUGUUCUGGUGAGUUUCGAUUUUUCCGUCGGACUUUGAACGGAAAAUGAAAUAGACUGACGAAAACUUGGGACUUGUUGGUAUUUCCCCAGGAAGUUAGCUUGGGACUUGACAGUGUUUUUUCCGAGAAGAAGGCUUGGGACUUGACAGUGUUUUUUCCGAGAAGAAGGCUUGGGACUUCAUGGUAUUUUUCCGAGAAGAACGCUUGGGACUUUAUGGUAUUUUCCCAGGAAGAAAGCUUGGGACUUGAGGAAAUAGAGUCUGAAUAUUUCAGAUGUUACCUUCAAGGUACCUUAUCAGUGAUAUGUAUUUUUCUGGUCUUGCCUUUUCACCCUUUUUAUUUCAAAGUUUCAACUGAAGUCCUGGAGUUUGAGGUUUUUUAAGGGAAUUCAUGUGUAUGGCCACGAUUAGAACGUUUAUUCUCAAAUCAAUCGUAAAAACCACAGAAUAUUCUCGAAAAAACAACUUGUAGGUGGGCUGUGGAAGAGCUGAAGGCGGUGUGCAGCAACGAGCCGCGGCCCAAGUUCGAGGCGACUGUCCAGGAAAUGUUCGACACGUUCAUCGCCUCCGAAAGCCCCCUGGCCAUCAAUAUCGACCACGACACGCGCACGGAUAUCAUCGAACGGUGAGGGAUAAGGCAAAAUCCGAAUGGUCGCAUUUGGAAUGGCUUGGAAGAGAUUCAUGAAUUAGGGUUGAGAGAAACUACAUUCAAAAUAAUAAAAUGAGAGUAAAGAUGUGAAAAUACUCUAAACUUGUAAUCCGGGACUUGAAAAUGGUCAGAAAGAGAGAGAGAACUCCCUGAUAUAGAAUAUCAAAAUCCUGUGCCAACCUGCUAAACUUCCUAGUUUUCGAAGGCUCAAAAUAGCCUAUUUUUUGGACGAUUUUUGUCGUUUAUAUCCGAAUUUGAGAAGUGGCUUCUCGAAAAAAUGGGGAAAUGUGGAGGUUAAGAUUUUUAAGAUCUUCCGAUUUUCUUAAUUUUUUGAUCUAAAUGACUAUCCUUGUAAGAAAUUCCUGUCUUACUUAGCUUGAAAUUUUUUUUUCGUCAAAGUCGUUUUGUGGUCGGGCGCAUACCUGAACCAUUCUUCAUGCUCUUAUUUUUUUGUAUUUUUCAUAACGACGGUUUUCUUUCGUUUGUACGGUAGAGCGCAGUUUCUUCGAAAUUCAAAAGGCGAUGAUUUUUCUACCAUAAACGUAGCAUGGACUGCACAUUAGUCGAAAUCAAAAGCUUACUAUCAAAAAAAGUUUUUUUUUGCAAAAAUAUCUGUUUUUUUCAAAUUAAGCAUUGAUCUUUGUCGCUGUAUAACUUUUUUUUCUAUUAGUUUUGCUGACGAAUGAGAUUAUAAAGGAUUACCGUAGAAAGUCAGAAAAAACGAUGUUAUUUUCAGGAAUCGGAAACAAAUUUCCUCUCUUAUAUCUGCUCUAUAGCUAUUUUUGAUGCUUUAUCCAAUCAGAAGUCGUUUCCGAUUAAGUUCUCUCUAAACAUAUCCCUAUUUUGGAACGUCAGGAUUAGGAUAUCAUUGCUUGUAGUUUGCCAAAGGGAAAAACAGCGAAAAUGUUAUAUUUAGUAUUUUUUUUUCGUUUGUAGUUUGGUCUCUUGAGGAGGUACAGCAGAAAGAUGAAAACAAAACAAAAGUAUAAUCAAACAACUUUUUUUCGGAUGUUCUUUCUCAUCUUUUCCGACUUUCAGAGUGGAAAACAAGGAGCCGAGCACUUUCCCCGAGAAUAUCUACGAACGCGCACAAGCUCACGUUUAUCGAUUGAUGGAAAAGGUGAUUUUGGAAUUCAUUGAUCGAUAAAGUCCCGAAAGAAGUUGAGCUUCGUUGAAUGGAGUAUUCAUGGCAUUAAUAAAGUUAGGAGAAAAUUAGUUAAGAGUACCUCCGAAAACAGUGAAGUUCGUUAUUAUGAAACUUUGACAAAAAAUGUUUUUGGAAGUCAGAAAUCGAGAGUAAAGUUGUAACUUUUGAAGAUUUGAUGAUAAAUUUGGAGUUUUCACUUAUUUUCAUGAUAAGAAAGGCAAUUUUAUCGAGGAAAAAUGUCAUUUUUGUGUCUAAAAUUUUUUUCAGCUUUGAAAAAUUGUUGAAAACCGAAGUUUGAAGCCAGAAUUUCUUUAAAAGAUUUCCAGUACCAAAAUCUAGAGUAAAUUGCAUAAAAAAGAGGUUGUUAGAAGAGCGAGAGAUCAGUAGUGAGAUGAAGAGACGCUAGAGAAAAGGGUGAGUUUGCGUUUCUCUGACGUCUCUUCAGGCCCUGUUGGUCUCUCGCUUAUCAAUUUUAUUCCCUCCCCCCUUUAUACUCAACCAGUAGGUGUUUCUUGUUCCAUUAUAUCGAAAAAACUAAGUUCUAGAAAUUUUUGAAAACGGAUUUUUGGCGGUUGUUGUUAAAAAUUUUCGAAUAAUGAAGGCAGUAUUUCUUAUUUUAAAUAUUGAAAAAGGGUAGAUGAAUUUAGAUUAACGAAUUUUUCGUAUUAAGUGUAAAAAAAUCCCUGUGUAAAAAAAUUAAAUAAAGAAAUAUCUAUUUUUCCAGGACUGUUUCUCGCGAUUCGUCCACACGCCGGCCUACAAAGACGUGGCGAAGAAAUUGAGCCUCCCACAGACUUUCCGUUUCAACGGCCGUCUUUCGCCCGCCAGUUGA